UUUGAGCGGGGGUUCAGUCAUGACCGAGAUGUGGAAGACCCACCUACAAAACAAUAUGUUCUUCAACUUCAACCUCACCUUCAAAGGAGUCUCGGAUCUUCCCGUUGUACCUGCAUUAGCCCUCUCUACCCUUCGGCCACCUCCUUAGCGCAGCCCCCACGUGACGGCCCGCUUUUGGGCUCUGCAACCCCUCCGGAGAAGACAAACACCUCAGAAGAAACCACGGGACGAUCGCGAACGGCCGAAUCAUAGCGCAUGGGGCGGUUUUCAUACCAAGGCCUCGAGAUCGAUCAUGUCUCCGUGCGCGACGUCAUUGCCACGAUAUGCCUUGUCUGGUUCGUUGUGGUGUGGAUAGUGGGCGCGAUAGGAUUCACCCAACUAUUCCGCUACUUUUGGAGGCGCCCAGAACCAGCGAUAUGCCUCACGACCUUGAAGGAAGAAGACCUCCCUCAGGUUACUGUUAUACGGCCGGUGAAGGGCCUUGAGCCGCGUUUGUACGAGUGCUUAGCUGCCACCUUUCGCCAGACGUAUCCGAAGAGCAAGCUUCGAAUCUGCUUGUGCGUGUCCGAUCGGUCCGAUCCCGCCCUACCUAUUCUCGAGCGUCUAGUACGUGACUUUCCCGGCUUCAAUACAACGAUAUACAUCGAGGAGGAUGAUCCAUUGCUGCGCGCACAUAAAGAUGCGCUGGGACCCAAUCCCAAGAUUCGAAAUAUGAGCCGUGCAUACAGGGAAGCAGGAGAAGAUGACAUAAUAUGGAUUCUGGAUUGCAAUGUCUGGGUUGGGAAAGGUGUUUGCGGCCGUAUGGUGGACCUGCUCUGCGGCUAUGGAGGGAGGAAGAAGUACAAAUUUGUGCACCAAACGCCUAUAUCUGUGGACAUGGACUCUCAGAGCAUAUCUUCAGAAGAGAGAAAGGAGCUUUUAGGCGGCGAGCAGGAUGCGACGUCCCCAGACACGGGCUCUGAACCACACAGCCGGUCUCGUGGAUGGCUCUCAACUCUCAUGCAAAGGGGAGGUGCGCGGUUGGACGAGGCUUUCAUGUCGAGCUCGCACGCGAAAUUCUAUAACGCCAUCAACACCGUGGCAAUAGCUCCAUGUGCUUUGGGCAAGAGUACCAUGUUCCGACGUUCACAACUCAACUACGUCACCACUGGCGAUCCGAACAGAAGCCCCGGCCUUGACUUCUUCUCCGAUAACAUAUGCGAGGACCACUUGAUUGGAGACGCCCUAUGGAAGAAACCUCAGCCUUUUGAAAAGCCGGGAUAUACGCCACCUCCAAGUCAACAAGGCGAAAAAUGGGGCAAGCACGCUAUGUUAUUCGGCGACCUUUGUUUCCAGCCGAUGUCGCAUACCUCCGUCUGGGCUUGCAUUGACCGCCGUGUGCGAUGGCUGCGCGUGCGUAAAUUCACCGUUACGCUAGCCACACUAGUGGAGCCUGGGACCGAAUCUAUUCUCUGCAGCCUGUACGGAGCAUAUGCCAUCACUACGUUACAAUGGUUCCGUUGUUGCGGCAUACCUCCGACCUGGAGCGUCUUUGCUGCUGUGUGGCUUUGCAGCAUGUCAGUAUGGUGCCUCGUGGAUUGGAUCCAAUACAUGCUCCUUCACUCCGCAAGGACUGUGGAGCUAGACGCCAAUACCCCCGACUUCGUCCUUCCACAACGGUCCGCCUACGGCCGAGCCUACUCCGCUUCCCGGACUCCCCUACUAGGCAAAGCACGUCGUAACCCUAGCUUGCUUGAUGGGCGGAGGAGAACUUUUCGUCAGUUCUUCUUUGCGUGGUUUGCUAGAGAACUGAGUGCGCUGCCGAUUUGGAUUUGGGCAUUCUAUGGUGGUGUCACCGUACAGUGGCGGGGCAAACGCUUUUGGGUGGGCCUGGAUAUGAAGGUGCAUGAGAUUCGGGACAAGCAUGAGAAGAACUGAGCUGCUAGGAACCAUGUGGAUACGAGAUUCUGAAGUAAUGUGUUUCUUUCUUUGUUUGUAUUGCAUAGCCAGCGAGGUCAUAUUGCAUGGUAUGGCAUGAGGCAUCUUUGGCGUCUUAGAGGUAUCUCUUCUCUAGAUCACGGUAAUCGGCUAGAACAGCAUGUGAGUUAGAUGCAGGAGCUAGAAGACGAAUGCCGUAGGAGGGGUUAUAUGA